AGCAGCGCAGCUCCGAGCAAGGAGGGAGGGGGCCUCUCGGGUUAUCUGGAAGGAUAAAGGGCGAUGACCACACCGGCAGGCUCGGGCUCGGGCUUCGGCUCUGUGUCCUGGUGGGGCCUGUCCCCGGCGGUGGACCUGCAGGCUGAGAGUCCUCCUGUGGACCCAGACUUGCAGGCUGAUACAGAGCACGGGACACCGGACCUAAGUGUGCUGCUAUUGGGCUCCACGGAUGGGCGGCACCUGCUGCGGACCCUGGCCCGGGCUGCUCUCUGGCCCCAAAGGAGGUUCCAAUUUUAUGUGCUGGAGAAUAAUCUGGAGGCUGUAGCCCGACACAUGCUGAUCUUCAGUCUAGCCCUGGAGGAUCCUGAGAAGAUGGGGCUGCAAGAGAAGAGCGAGACCUUCCUGGAGAUGUGGGGGAACGCACUGCUGCGCCCCCCAGUGGCCGCCUUCGUUCGCGCCCAGGCGGAUCGCCUGGCUCACCUGGUCCCGGAGCCCGACCGCCUGGCGGAGCAGUUGCCCUGGCUCAACCUGGGCGCCCUAAAGUUCCGCGAGCGCGACGCGCUGGAGGCGGUGUUCCGCUUCUGGGCCGGCGGGGAGAAGGGGCCCGAAGCCUUCCCCAUGAGUCGCCUGUGGGACUCGAGGCUGCGCCACUACCUGGGCUCCCGUUACGACGCGCGGCGCGGUGUCAGCGAUUGGGACCUGCACAUGAAGCUGCACGAUCGCGGGGCCCGAGUCAUCCACACCCGUGAGUUUCGGCGCUGGAGGGACACAGGUGUCGCCUUUGAACUCAGAGACUCCAGUGCAUAUCAUGUGCCCAACCGGACCCUGGCAUCCGGUCGCCUCCUGAGCCAUCGUGGGGAGCGCAUUGCAGCGCGCGGGUACUGGGGGGACAUCGCCACGGGGCCCUUUGUGGCCUUCGGCAUCGAAGCGGACGACGAAAGCCUCCUGCGGACCAGCAACGGGCAGCCAGUCAAGACUGCGGGCGAGAUCACACUGCACAACGUGACGGAGGUGUUCCGAGAGAUCACCGCCUGGUGGCGCCCGAGAGCCGCCCAGGGAGACCCAGAGCAGGUGCGAGGCGACGGGGACGGAAGCCCGGAGCCUGCAGGCCCUGCCCUGGAAUCCUUCACUGUCCACUUCCUGUCCCUCGGUUCUGCCCAGACCCUCCACCACAAGAGCUGCUACAAGGGACGGUUCCAGCUUCUCUACGUGGCCUGUGGGAUGGUCCAUCUUCUCAGCCCUGAGCUCGGAGCCUGUGUGGCCCCCAGAGGACGCCUGAUUGUGGAAUUAGCCCAAUACCUGGUGGACCUGCGGCAGGAGCAGCUGCAGGGGUUCUCCACCAAGGUCGGGGAGCUAGCACAGACGGCUGGAUUCGCCCCGCACCCUGGGGCCAAGCCCUCGGAAACCUUGGCGCGCUUCUACAAGGCGGGAGACUCUGGUUCAGGCUGCAUGGACCUAACUGUGGAGCCUGGGACUCCACCUCCUUAAGUCCUGGUCCCGCCCCUUGGGGCAACCAACCCGCCCUCUGAGGACCUGACCCAGCCCCUCGAAGGCCGGGUCCCACCCUCGGAAACCCUCAACCUGCCCUCAGAGUCUCAGGCUUCAUCCUCAGAGGCUUUGGCUCCACCUACAAGGAGUCAGCUCCACAUUUCUAAUCUCUAAAGUCAGAUUCUAGAAUUAGAACCCGCCUCUAGAAUAUGCAACUUCACUUUCAACAUUCUCACUCAGCCCCAGAGGUGUCGCCAGAAUUUCAGGCUCCAUCCUUGGGAUUCUAUAUUUUAUCCUUAGAAUUCUAGAUUGUUCUCCGAGUUCUACAUUCCACUCCUGAGACUAAACGCAGGCUGGAGGUCCCCUAGGGCUUGGGCCUUUUGCUUGUCCCCUUGUCGCCAGGUAUCCCAUUCCUAACCAGGGGCUAGGAGUGUCUCCUUUUGCGGGGCUGGUCAAGUAAAGAGAGUCCUCUUCUCCUUGUGUCCGUGUGUCUUUCCUGCCUUCAGUCUGUCUCCAGGGGAGGGGCAGGAGUGGUCAAGAAAGGAGACCAGAGACCAGAUUUCUGGGUUUCCAAAUGGACUAGGGGUGAAUUUCUCUGUGCUGCCUGCUGAGAACAUAGGCACCCCACACCUAGAUCCUCAUAAAUCAGAAAAAUUUAUCGAUUGGCUAACAGGUUUGGGGCACUGAAACUGACCAAAGUUGGUGAGAAAGACAAAGUUCCAGCCCUCAUGGAGAUUGCAGUUUAGUGAGGGGGUGGGACCUAGACCCCUGGGUCUGAUGUUGAAGGGGACUGGAGGCCCAGAAUCCUGGGUCUGAGGGAUGAGGGGCUGGGGAUCCGGACU